UAUAUACAUACAUAAACACCAAAGAGAAGAUAAAGAAGAAAGAAGAAGAAAAAGGAGAGAUAGAAAGAGAUGGCAACUUUGAAGAUCCCUCAUCCUGUUCCUUCUGCUGUUGAAGACGCUGAGAAUCUCAUGAAGGCUUUUCAUGGAUGGGGAACUGAUGAGAAGGCAGUGAUAUCAAUCCUUGCUCAUAGAGAUGCUGAUCAGAGGAAGCAAAUCAUGGUGGCCUAUGAAGAACUUUACAAAGAGAAUCUCAUCAAAAGACUUGAAUCCGAAAUCUCUGGUCAUUUCGAGAGAGCGAUGUAUCGAUGGAUGUUUGAUCCCAUUGAGCGGGAAGUCAUCUUUGCAAAUGUAGCACUGAAGAAGAGUGUGGAUUGGAUUGUGAUCAUUGAACUAUCAUGCAUUAAUUCUCCUGAUGAACUUUUAGUCAUCAAGAAGAUGUAUCAGAAUCGAUAUAAGCUAUCAUUGGAGGAAGAUGUUGCCUUCCAUACUUCCGGAGAUUUUCGCAAGCUUUUGGUCGGGCUUGUGAGCACAUAUCGGUAUAGGGGCGAAGAGAUAAAUGCAAGUCUAGCGCAAGCAGAGGCCAAAAUACUUCAUAAUCUGAUCAAACAAAAGACAUUUGAUCAUGAUGAAGUUAUCAGAAUCUUGUGCACAAGGAGCAAGGCACAACUUAAUGCUACCUUUAAUUGUUACAAGGAUGAACAAGGAACCUCAAUCACUAAGAGCCUGUCAAGUGCUUCAUCAAGUGAGUUUGUAUCGGCAUUACGCACAGCAAUUCGUUGCAUUAUCUCCCCUGAGAAGUACUAUGAGAAGCUUUUGCGCCGUGCACUGAACAAAGGAGGGAUCGAUGAGGAUUCGCUUACUCGUGUGAUCAUUAUGCGAGCAGAGAAGGACUUACAGGUUAUCAAGGAGCUGUAUCAGAAGAGGGCAAACAUGACUCUUGAUCAUGCAGUGAGUAAGGAAGCUUCAGGGGACUACAAGAAGUUCCUUCUGGCUUUGAUUGGGAACUAGAAGUCAAAAUCAGUUCCUCAUGAUAUGCAUAAAUGACAGCUAUCUUUUCUAGUAAUCGUCGCCUUCUAUUUUAAUUAGACUUUGAAGCAUCUUACUGUUUGAACUAAGAGAUUUAGUGUUUGAUCCAUGGAUGCUGGAUCUGCUGUCAGUGUUGUUAGUGUUUGUUCAUGAUGAAUAACUCUGGUUUUAAUUUCUCUUGUUUCAUGCUGAACCAAACUCUUUUGCAUUUUUGUGGCUGUUCUUCAUGAUGGUCAUGAAAUUGUGAUUGGCUAGUUAUAAGCUAGAGCU